CUUCACUCUAGCAACUUCCGCCGCCGCUGCCGGACACGACCUUGACCUUCCAAACUCCGGUGAGCCUCCAAAUGGCCCGCCACCUUCUCCAUCGUAGCCUCAGCUAUUCCUCCUCCGCCGCGGACAUGGUCGUCUCCUCCAUCCGCCUCCUCUCCGCCACUAACCCUAGCAAAUCAGCCCCAGCCCCCGCUCCCCUUCAGCCAAUUAACCGCAAUCUCGAUCCAGGAGCAGCUCCUCCCCAUCCUCCUCCUACCACCACCCUCCUGUCCCCGGCGGACCGCCUCCGCGGGGUCUUCCUCCAGAAGCCCCCCGGCCGCGCCGCCCUCCACCGAGCCCUCUCCUCCACGGGCAUCGACGCCCUCUCCCCCGAGGUUCUCUCCGAUGUGGUCGGCCGCGGCAACCUCAGCGGCUCCGCCACCGUCGACCUCCUCGACUGGGCCAUCUCCAGCGCCAAGCUCCCCCCUUCCGUACAGUCCUGCAACAUCGUCAUCAGGGCUCUGGGCAGGAGGAAGUUCUUCAGCUCUGUCGAGCCUGCCCUGGAGGUGAUGCGGAAAAAUGGCAUCUUUCCGGACUUAACCACGCUGCAGAUCAUCAUGGAUACUCUGGUUGCCGCCAGGCAGGUCAACAAGGCCGUCCAACUGCUCGAGAGCGACCAAUCUGGGUUAGGAAUUGGGCAAACUUGCAACAGAAAGGAGGCCUUCUCUGCUCUCAUCGAAUGCCUCUGCCGGAGGUCACAUGUCGGCAUUGCCAGCUCGCUCGUACAAGCCGCCCGUGGACAACCAUUCAGUCUUGAUAAACAAGUGUACAAUGAUGUGCUUGGCGGUUGGGCGAGGUUUGGGAGGGUUGAUAAGCUGGAGCAUUUCUGGGCAAUGAUGCUGGAGGAUGGGCUAGUGCCCGAUGAUGUUUCGCAUUGCCAUCUCAUUGAGGCAUUGGGGAGGGCAGGGCAGGGCGAGGAGGCACUCAGGGUGUUUGAGAAAAUGGUGCAAGAGGGAUACGGUCCAACUACGAUGGCCUACAAUGCACUUGUUUUCAAUUUUAUUUCACUGGGGGAUUUGGACAGGUCCAUCAAGUAUUACAAGGAUAUGGUGGACAACAAUUGCCCUCCAAACAGUGACACAUACUGCAAGAUGAUUAGAGUCCAUCUGAAAGCACGCAGGGUGGCUGAUGCACUUCAAAUGUUUGAUGACAUGUUGGCUCAAGGUAUUCUGCCAGAUACAGGGGUAAUUACAUCAUUCAUCGAGCCACUUUGCACGUUUGGGCCUCCUCACGCUGCCUUGAUGAUCUACCAAAAGAGUAGGAAGGCUGGAUGUACGACAUCCUUGAAAGCAUACAAGCUUCUGCUUGAAAGGCUUGCCAGGUUUGGGAAAAGCGGGACAGUGUUGAACAUUUGGGAGGAGAUGCAAGAGAGCGGGUAUCCAUCCGAUAAAGAAAUUUAUGAGUUUAUUGUAAAUGGGCUUUGCAAUGUGGGUAAGGUUGAUGCUGCUGUUUCCGUGGUGGAGGAAUCACUAAGGAAAGGCUUCUGUCUAGGGAGAGUUGUUUAUAGCAAACUGAACGACAGGCUGCUGGAGAUGAACAAAGUGGAGACUGCAUACAAUUUGUCAAAGAAAAUCAAACAUGGGCGCACACUUGCUAAUUCACGCAACUAUUGUCGUGCUAAUGGUUGGCACCUGUGAUUUGUGAACAUAUUUGGCUGGCACGCAACUAUUUGGUAUGCUGGUCAAAGCAGUUCCAUAUGGGUUUAAAGUAGCCUCAUUUGCAUUCUGCAAAAAAAAAACGGCAAAGGUUCUGUAACUACCUAUGCCUUUUGUCUUCACAUGAUGUAGGCUGCUGAUUUCAAUGAAGAUGCAAUCAUGGAUUCAGGAGAUAACUGCCCAGAACUGUUGCUAUCAGGUAUGAGGACUGAUAUAUCAUGUGAGGUCAAAGAAGAGAAGUGCUUAUUACACAAGAAGAAAAUGAAAAGACAGGACAUUUUAUUACAGUAAUGUUACCUGGUGCAUUUGAUCAUUUUGUUUCAGAGACACGUGAGGAAAUUUUGCUGAAAAUAAUCUGCAUAUACUUUCAAAGCCAAGCCAUGUGAAUUACUUUUGGACCAAUUUAUUUCUAUCAAAUUAUGUAACCUAUGCUUGGCGUAUGCGAGACAAUUUAUUCUGAUCAAUAUAUACUAUGAUGCCUUUUGAUAUUUCGUUAUGGAAAAAAUGUGAGGGAAUGUUGCCAGAAA